ACAACCUAUGACAUCAUCAAGCUAGUCAUUAUAUCAAAUUUUCUCUGAUGUAUCAAAAGGUGGCAGGGUUCAAUGUUCAUAUAAAAGUACUUUUGUGAACUGGUCUUGUUUUGCACAUUCAAAUCUCUUAGUAAUCAAAUGUGUAUGUAAAAAGGCCAAAAGGAGCAUGGAAUAAAACAAAUCCUAUUUUAAACAAAGGUCUAGCAAGAAAUAUGCUUAUGAAUGUUUUAAUGCAUACUCAUUGGCAGCCAUGUAUUGAACAAGCCAGCUCUGAACAAAGGAACCACUAUUUAAGUGUACACAUAUUUAUAGGACUGACUCAUAUCAAGCAAUUAUGUUGAAUCACUGAGAUAUCUAUACAUAUUACAUUUACCUCAUACGUACUUUGGACAAGGAAGCACACUAGUACAAAUAUCAGGUAAAGCAUAAUGAAUGUGAAUAGGAUCUUGGUGAUAUUUCUUAUUGGUCUUGUACAAUGGGACAUUUGCCUGGGGUGUUCUGUAGUACCAGGAUAUAAUAUAAAAAACUAUGGACCAGUGGAGACUCUGAAAAAAGCUCAAAAUGUGGUACUUGCCAAAUUCAUCUUCAAUAGCAGUAACAUGGAUCUUAAUAUUGGUGAAUUUGAGGUACAAUGUGUGUUCAAAUCCUCAAUUGCUGUGCAAGAGUUCCGAAACACGCCUAUUGGUAUAAGUGAAGCAGUUAUGAUGAAUACCUGUCAAGGAAGUAUGCAGAUGCAGGAAAACAGCACAUACCUAAUUGCCCUUGAUGCCACAAAUUGCCCAGAGGCAUCACAUAUUAAACACUGCUUCGGAAUAGCAGAGCCUGAUAUACAUCAACAUGCUGUCUUUCUACCAACUGCUGCCAAUUUACAAAUGGCUGCAGAUAUUUGUGGAUUCCCAAAUGUGACAACUGUGCCAGUAAAUGCUACUUGUCCCAUGCGUAAUGUAACAACAGAGACAUGUAUAUUUACAGACAAUGGUGCUGGAAAUGUAGACACACUCGCCACCUUGAUACUAGCAAUGAUUUCGAUAAGUUUAGGAAUGGUGUAGUUACAUGUUUAGCAUAAUCUUGAUCCAUAUUGUUGGACCAGGAAGUAGAAUCAAAAAUUGAUUUAGUUUAAGAUGCGAUUCUUUAAACCAAAUAUGUUAGAUUUGGUGAGACUGACUUUCAUUUUACAAGACGGAACAGGCUAUGGAACACUAUGGACAUGAUUAUAUAUAUAAAAUCAAAUAUAGACACAAACAAUGUACAUGUACAUGUAUAUACGAUUCAAUCACCACUUAACUUGGCUUCUUCCAUGCAUGUGAAGAAGUGAACACCAGGACAUACAAUAAACUUACAUAAAAUGAAAGAAAAUAUAGAUUAACAAAAAUCUUCCCAUCUCCAUAACAUUCACCAUUCAAAAGUUACAUAAUAACAUCAGGGUGCUUCAUACUGACUAUCCCCCAUCCACAGCCAAUCCUAGUUCAUUAUGGUCCCAUAAUCACAGUGGCUGUACCAAAUUAAGCAUGACAGUUAAACGUGAGGAAAGGUACAACAUGAGGGUGAUGAAAUAUGAGCAAACUGAUGUUUUCAUUGUUUCACAAAGAUCUUGUCUAGUUUCUCGAUAUUUUUAUAUGUAA